UCCAGUCAAACGGCUCAGUCGGGCCCCGCCCCCUCCUCCAUAAGUUAAAGCUACAGCUUCGUUACGCGGCGCUGAUCGGUAAACAUGGCUUCGCUGCCUUUCGUGCGGGUCGCGCUGCUCGUAGCCUUCUCCGUGUUCCUCACCCUGAUCCUGGGCUUCGGUUUACCGUCCGCGCUGAACCUGCUGGCCUGGCUGUGCGGCCUGCCCGAGGCGAGCGCCACCGAGUGCGUGGUGCUGCUGUACUCGCUGUUCGUGCUCUACAUCGCCUUGCCCCGGCUACCCCGCGGCUCCGUCAGGGUGGAAGGGAAGGCCUUGUUAAUUACAGGAUGUGACAGUGGCUUCGGACACGGUUUGGCCAAACACUUCCAUAAGCUGGGGUUCACCGUGUUCGCUGGAUGCCUAUUCAAGGAUAAGGCUGGCGAGGGGGCGGUGGAGCUGGAGAACAUGCACUCAGACAGGAUGAAGGUGGUUCAGCUGGACGUUUGCAGUGAUGAUGAGGUUUCCCAGGCUGUGGAGUUCAUUAAAGCUAACCUGGAUGACCCAGAAAAAGGUCUGUGGGCUGUGGUGAAUAAUGCGGGUAUCUCUACAUUUGGUGAGGUAGAGUUCACAACAAUGGAGACGUACAAGCAGGUGUCUGAUGUUAACCUGUGGGGAACCAUCAGAGUGACCAAAGCUGUUCUCCCUCUUAUCCGCAGAGCCAAAGGCCGUGUGGUGAACAUAGCCAGCAUGUAUGGCAGGAUGGGGAAUGCCCUGCGCUCUCCUUACUGCAUCUCCAAAUAUGGAGUGGAGGCCUUCUCCGACUGCCUCAGGUACGAGAUGAAGUCCUGGGGGGUGAAGGUGUCCGUUAUCGAGCCGGGGAACUUCAUAGUGGCCACAGGAAUCCUGACCCGCGACAUUGUGGCCACUACGGCGGAGAAGCUGUGGAAGGAGGCGCCCCCUGGUGUUCAGGAGGACUACGGCAAGACCCACUUUGAGCAGUACAUGGCCCUGAUGCGCUCCUACUGCAACAGUGGGCAGCGAGACAUCUCGCCAGUUUUAGACGACAUCACAGACGCCAUCACCUCUAAACGGCCAUACACGCGCUACAACCCGAUGGAGCCGCACUGGUGGAUCCGCAUGCAGGUCAUGACCCACCUCCCAGCAGCCAUUUCUGACAGGCUGUAUUUCUGAAGUAAUUCCUCCCGCUGAUUUGGGCUGAAACUUUUAAUCACAUGUUAAUCGUUAUCACAGUCACACUGUUGAGUCUGUGAUGAGCAAAUCACGCUCCAGAUCCUGACGACUGCCUUUAAAAGGUGCUACAAAGCAGAUGGACACUAACAAACCAGAGAAAUGUCUGGUGUCGACCAAUCAAAAAACAUUUUUUUUUGUGUGUGUACCUUCAGUUAUUUCCAUGUCUAGUGGACCACUUGAUCACUGUGUGUUAUAAGGCUAUGUUCACAUUACACAAGCCAAAAUUAAUCAAUUUAGAUUUUUCUAAUUUUUUUAGUUCAAUAACUGCACACAUUUCUUAAAAUAACUAUAAAGUGAAUUAAUCUGUCCCUGAAAUGGCAUCGCCGUCACAGAAGGUUGGCCUAAGAAUGCCCACACCUGUAUAAGUUGUGAGGUGUUAUCUUGUGAGUGAGAUUAAACCCACCGGCCAAUGUGCUCAUGGCAAGGCAGUAUAAAUUCCAGCUAUUACAGAGCUAGCCCUGAUAGUGGGUGCAGAUGAUUGUACAUAAAUGGACAUUUCAUAUCUAAAGUUUAGGUAGGGGACAUUUAUUACUCGAUUGCAGUGUUGCUUAUUGUACAAGGAACACAUUGUAGAAGAUAGAAUUACCACCAAUAGUGGACAGUGCAGUAGGUUGUAAUGAGAAUGAUUGGCAUCUCAAAAAAUGAGAAUAUCAUUGAAAAGUAACUUUAGUUAUUUCAGGUAUUUAGUUCAAAAUGUGAAACUCAUAUAUUACACAUAGAGUGAUCUAUUUUAAGUGUUUAUUUAUUUUAUUGUUGAUGAUUAUGACUUACAGCCAAUGAAAACCCAAAAAAUUGUACUUUUGGCAGUGUGCCAAUCCUGCUGGAAAAUGAAAUCGGCAUCUCUAUAAAAAUUGUCAGCAAAGGGAAGCAUGAAGUGCUGUAAGAUUUUGUGGGAAAACAAAACUGCACUGACUUUAGACUUGAUAAUAAAACACAGUGGAUCAACACCAGCAGAUGACAUGUCUCUCCAACACCAUCGCUGAUCAUCAGUCAAUUUUACAUUUCAUUUGUAAAUCAAGGGAGUCUGGAGGAAGAGUGGAGAGACAUACAGUCCAAACUGCUUGAGGUCUAGUGUGAAGUUUCCACCAAUCAGUGAUGGUUUGGAGAGACAUGUCAUCUGCUGAUUGACAGAUUGGAUUCAUAUUCAACAUAGGAUCAUUUAAGAAUGAGAUUUAAAUCUCAUUUGAAAAAAAUGAAAAGUCUUUAUUUAAUGGACCUACCACUAAGCAUUUCUGCUGUUCCAGAAGCACAGCUCUGAUGUUCUACAUCUAGAUUUAUCAGUAUGUACUCGCACUACUCUCCAGAUUCCAGUAUAUGAAGGGUUCAAAGAAUAGUUCAACCAAAAAAAAAAAAAAAGUAAAAAUUAAUUUAUAGAAUUUUCUCCUCACUCAUGUGGGGGAAGUUUCCCAGACAGGGAUUAAGCUUAGUCCUGAACUACACAGCAUUUAUUAUUAUUAAUAGAUUUUCAAUUAAAAAAGAAUGUAUCAUCAAUGACUAGGCUUAACCCCUGUCUGGGAUAAUUUCCCAUAGCACCUUUGGUUGUUUGCGAUAUAGCAUAUAAUAAGGAAGUAGGAGCUUAUGCCCCACCAGCUGCUCUCUCAAAAAAUAAAUAAGUGUUUUAAACAAGUGUUUUUAUUGGCUUAGUAGAAGUAGAAAGUAGCCAAUCUGAGACUGUUCAGCUUCGGACAUUUCCACAGCUUCCAGAGCCACUAAACCCUUAAAAUAUAUUUAUUUUCUUAAUUAAUAGCAGAAAUGUGUUCUUUUGAAGUAAUGAAACUAACCAGACCUGCUUAAAAUGUUAUAAAUAUUUCCAAUUUUUUUGAGAAACUGUUUUAAUUUUUUUAUUGUGGUAAUUUCUGCCUCUGCAGCGCCCUCUCAGGUUCAACCCUGCUAUUGGAUACGCAGACACAUCACAAUAUGCAGAUCAGUUAAUCAAUAAUGUAUCGAUAACUUCCCCCACUGCUGGCGUCCAAACAUCUGCGUCUCACCACCAUCAGAGGCACACUGCUGCUGCUGCAGCUCAGCCAAUCAACUCUCCCUCCUGCCCCACCCCUAAACCCAUACAUCACCCAGUGCCCUGUCCAAACAACCCCUUCCAAUUUAUUUUUUGCCUUUUUCAAAUUUGAGCUGAGGGUGGAACUUAAACAAGUUCUACAAUGAUUAAUCUUUAAUGAUGGGGUGAAUUAAGUUUGAUUGGGAUAAUGUUUCUUGUUAUUAAUUAGACAAAAUAGCCAAACACAUGAUCCAUUCCUGUGAUACUGAAGCAAUAUUGCCCUAUUUUUUUUUGUGAUAAUAUUCUUGAUUGCAAACAUUCCAUAAAUAUAAGUGAUGUAACUGUAUCUGUUUAUAAAGUAAAUUAAUAUGUCCCUAAAAUGGCAUUUUCACCCCAAUUUUACAGAGCCAAUUACCCAACCCACUCAUUAGGACUCCCCUUAUCAAUGGUGAUGUUGAUGCAGCAUUGCCGAGUAGCAUCACAGCGCACUCAGAGGAAAGCAAAACGACUCGGUUCUGAUACAUCAGCUCACAGACGCAGCCUUGCCACCCUAUGGAGUAAUGAGGGGUACCCACCCAGAGAGAGGAAGGCCAGAUGUGCUCUCUUUGGGGCUCCGGUAGCCGAUGGCAAGCUACAUGAACAGGAUUCGAACCAGCUAAAAUAAUAAUAGUGUAUCAAAAUGUGUUGUUAAGUAUUAACAAAGUUUUGCGAUAAGGACCAUGCCUUAAUUGCCUAGUUCUAUAUAUAUAUAUAUAUAUAUAUAUAUAUAUAUAUAUAUAUACCUCCCAGUGCCUGCUCACCUUCGUGACUAACGACUUGAACUGUGCCUCAAGCAUCAUAAAUAAGUUCACCACCACCCCCGAAACCAUUUAGGUGGUCCAUUAUAGCAAAAGUGCACUUAAAAAGGGUGCAACAUAAAAAUCUAGCAAAAUCUGCAAAAAUAAACACUAAUACAAACAGUUAUAGAAAAAUACCCUUAAAUAAACCCCAAAAAAUGAUUAUUUUUUACAUAGCUUUAGAAAUGACAAUAUUAUUAUGUGCGAAACUCCUAAUUUGAGGUAUUAAAAAUGCUUUUUUUAAAUGUAGACACUAGAGAUGCCUGUCUGAGUACAGUGGGUGAUGGAGGAAUUGUGUAAUAUUAGAUUUUUUUUGGUGAACUAUUGGUUUAAAUAUUUCUCUAAUGUGAAUGUGUGAUGUUCUGUGUGUGAUGUUGCAGCUCUGCAGGUUUUUUUGGGGGGGGGGGCGGGGGGGUUGCAGUGAUGAACAGUGGAGGCCUUGGUGGCAGAGAGUCAGAGACGGGACUGUGUGUGUGUUUGUGUGUGUGUGUGUGUGUGAGUUGGCUGUGGACUCCUCCAGAACAGAUGCCUCAGCUGGGUUCUUUUCAGCGAGAGAGAAGCUGCCUCUGAAUGAAAGCGGAUGCCUGUGGUUCUGUCAGAGCUCCAUCAGCAGAUACAAAAGCCUGGCUGACGUUAAUGAUCACAUGAUAGACUUUCAGACGGAGAAGAUUCACAGUUCCAGUACCAACCCGUGUUCAGAUCUACACGUCUCAUUUCUCAGAGUGAUUAUUCACUUUCUUUCAUUGGGGGAACGGAUGGGUGUGUCUGGCGCCAGUAUUUCAAUAGAGCUCCUUUUUUUAAAACAUAUACACAGUUUACAGUAAAGAGAUGGAAAAGAUGCUAAAAGCUCUAUCAUUCCUGUUUAAUUCGGCCACUGGAUGGAGCAGCUGAGCAACUCUCUGGCUUUUUAAUCUGUUUGAAUUAAUAGUAAAAAAAAGACAACAAUGGAAAAUUUCCCUUUUUAGAAAUGUUAACUUUUCCACAAUAAAAACAUAGUUUGAGAAUA